GCUACUUCACCAACUCCCUCCCUUUCCUCGGCUUCGUUGUCAACUCCGCUGCUCUUCUGUAUGCAACUUCCCGGUCCUCGCCGCCGCGGCGCCAUGGCCAGCCGCGCCCUCGACCUGCUGUUGCUGUGGUGCGCGUCCGUCUGCUUGCCCCUCCCCUCCGCCCGCGCGCAGGCCGCCACCUUCACCAGCACCAUCGACGGCAAGGAGGCGACCACCUUCUCCUUCCCCAAGUUCGACAAGAACCUGACGAAGCAGGCCGCCAACAUGACCUUCUCGAGCAACUCCACCAUCAGCCAGAACGCGUUGCAAAUCACGCCGGACAGCAGCAACAAUGCUCAGGACUACCUCGUCAACCAGGCCGGCCGCGUCUUCUUCUCCACGCCGUUCGUCAUGUGGUCCUCCAACUCGUCCAACUCCACCGCCGACGGCAACUACGUCGCCUCCUUCUCCACGGUGUUCAGGGCCAACCUCUACCGAUCGAACAAGACCGUGAAAGGAGAGGGGCUGGCGUUCGUCAUCGCGUCGAGCAACCCCAUCGAGCCGCCGCCCGGCAGCAACGGCGGGUACCUUGGCCUCACCAACGCCUCCACCAACGGCAACGCCACCAACGGGUUCGCGGCCGUGGAGCUGGACAGCGUGAAGCAGCCCUACGACAUCGACGACAACCACGUCGGCGUCAACAUCAACGGAGUCAACUCCGCCGCCGCCGCCUCCCUCACCCCUUUCGGCAUCCAGCUCGCGCCCAGUAACACCACCAUUGACGACGGCAGCUACUUUGUCUGGGUCGACUACAAUGGCACGUCGCGGUACGUGUGGGUGUACAUGGCCAAGAACGACAGCAAGCCCUCUACCGCCGUCCUCAACACGUCGCUGGACCUCUCCUCCGUCCUCCUGGGCAAGAAGGCCUACUUCGGCUUCUCGGCGUCCACCGGCGAGACGUACCAGCUCAACUGCGUGCUGAUGUGGAACAUGACCGUCGAGAUGCUCCCUGACGAGGGCGCCACCAAGAAGGCAGCCCUGUCUGGGUGGAAGUUAGGGGUGGCCGUCGGCGUGCCGUGCGCCGCCGUCGUGGCGACCGGGUUGUUCGUCGCGCUGUACAUCUGGAAGAAGAAGAAGAAGAGGAUCGGGGAUGACCCGAGCUCCGUGUUCAACAACACCAUUGAUUUCAGGAGCAUCCCGGGUGUUCCGAAAGAGUUCGAUUUCAAGGAACUGAGGAGAGGAACCAACAACUUCGACGAGAAGAUGAAGCUGGGGCAGGGCGGAUACGGCGUGGUUUACCGCGCCACCGUUGUCGGGGAGAACGGCCAGAGCAUGGAGGUCGCCGUGAAGCAGUUCUCUGGUGCCAACACCAAGGGACAGGAGGACUUCCUUGCCGAGCUCAGCAUCAUCAAUCGCCUCCGGCACCGUAAUCUCGUCAAGCUCGUCGGUUGGUGCCACGAAAAUGGCGUCUUGUUGCUGGUGUACGACUACAUGCCGAACGGCAGCCUGGACAAGCACAUCUUCGGCGGACCGGAGUCGGAGGUGCUUAACUGGAAGCAGCGUUACAACGUUGUCGGUGGCGUCGCGUCGGCGCUGAACUACCUCCACCACGAAUACGAUCAAAUGGUGAUCCACCGGGACAUCAAGCCGUCCAACAUCAUGCUCGACUCCGCCUUCAACGCGCGGCUCGGCGACUUCGGCCUCGCCCGCGCGCUCGAGUCCGACAAGACAUCCUACACCGACAUCAUCGGCGUCCCGGGGACGCUGGGCUACAUCGCGCCGGAGUGCUUCCACACCGGCCGCGCGACGCGGGAGUCGGACGUGUUCGGCUUCGGCGCCGUCAUCCUGGAGAUCGUCUGCGGCCGCCGCAUCUCCUGCAGCAACCCGGCAGGGUGCAGCCAGCUGCUGGAGGGCGUGUGGAGGCUCCACGGCGCGGCUGGCGGCGGGCGCAUCCUCGAGGCCGUCGACCAGAGGCUCGCCGGCGAGUUCGACGAGGCCGAGGCCGAGCGUCUCCUGCUGCUGGGCCUCGCGUGCAGCCACCCGAACCCCGGGGAGCGGCCGAGGACGCAGGCCAUCCUGCAGAUCCUGACGGGCGCCGCCCCGCCGCCGGACGUGCCGCCGUCGAAGCCGGCGUUCAUGUGGCCCGCGAUGCCCGUCGCGCGCGACGGCGACGACGACGGCGAGACGUCGCGCAGCAGCACGGUGAUGAACUCCUCGUCGUCGUACUACGUGUCCUCGUCGGGGUGGACCCAGAACUACCAGGUCAGCAAGGAGCACGAGUUGGCGGACAGGGUCGCCGCGACGAUGUGAGCCGGCGGGCGAUCGAGCUGGAGACGAGUCUACGGCCCACGUGCGAUCGGUCCGAUUUGGCACGUAAACCCGUGGAGCUGGUCGACAACGUGACGAUUUGCAUCACAAGUUGGGACGAAAGGUGUAAAUAAUGUCCAUGAACAUGCUCCCCGUUUGUUUUUGAUCUGGGAGCUUUUCAUUUCCUUCGUUAAUAGUGCAGGGGAGUACAGGAUUUCUGGUGUUUAAAUGUGUUUCUUUUGUUUGUAAUUGGUUUCUUACUUUCUUUUGCUUGUAUCCUUGAUGUGAAGCUCUAAUAUUCCCUACUGGUAGUCUGAGUACCAGUGGUGGCUUGAUCUCUUCAAGUCGGAAUGUGUUAACAUUAGCCAUGAUCACCGAUUGCCCUUGUGCUCGCAGCAUGCUUCU